AUGCCUUCCCCAGCGGACAAGCGCAAGAUUGUGAAGAAGCGCACGAAGAAGUUUCCACGCUUCCAGGCGGACCGCUUCAAGCGCAUGAACCCCGCCUGGCGCAAGCCACGAGGCAUCGAUGGACGAGUGCGAAGACGCUUCAAGGGCUCCACUCUUUGCCCAAAGAUCGGAUACGGCUCGGACAAGAAGACCAGAUUUCGCCUGAAGAGUGGCUUCUACAAGUUCUUGGUGCGCUGCCCAGCUGAUCUGGAGAUGCUCCUCAUGCACAAUGAGAAGUACGCAGUGGAGAUUGCGCACAACGUUGGGGCCAAGAAGCGCAAGGAGAUCGUGGAGCGCGCAGACCAGCUGCGCCUCUACGUCACGAACAGGAAUGCACGCCUCAGGACGGAGGAGAAUGACUGA